UCGCCUUUAUAACGAGUCAUCUUGUCACUGUCAAUUUUGUUAUUCCUCAAACAAAACUGUAAUGUGAUAUGCAAUUGCUGUAUACUGUAUUAUAUGUAUGUAUAUAAAAAUAUAGAGAAAAAUAUGUUCUUUUAAAGUGAUAUAUUAACGGGUGUUUAUUAAAGUAAAACACUCUGCAAAUAGUCUUAUCAGUAUGCCUGCGUAUCACUCAAGUUUUGUAGAACAUAAUGGAAACAUUGGUAAUAUGGCACUUUUGCCAAUUAGGACCCAUUUUAGGGGUCCUGCACCACCUUUUAACGGCAAAGACUUAGAUAUAAUCGACGAAGCAUUAUACUUUUUUAAAGCAAAUGUGUUUUUUCGAACAUACGAAAUUAAGAGCGAGGCUGAUAGAGUUUUAAUUUACAUUACGUUAUACAUUACUGAAUGCUUGAAGAGAUUACAGAAGUGUGCGACUCAUGCUCAAGCAACAAAUGAGAUGUAUUCUCUUGCUAUUUCAAAGUUUGAUAUUCCUGGUGAUCCAGGUUUUCCUCUGAACUCUGUAUAUGCUAAACCAAACAAUCCUGUUGAAGCUGACACUAUGAGGCAGUAUUUGCAACAAAUAAGACAGGAGACUGGCAUUAGACUGGUAGAGAAAGUGUAUGGAGAAGAUGGAAAACCAAGUAAAUGGUGGUUAUGUUUUGCAAAGAAAAAAUUUAUGGAUAAAUCCUUAUCUGGACCUGGACAAUAAAGAUCCUUUCCAAUUCUCUUUUAUGAAUAAAUACAAAAGUUACCGUA